CCUCCACCAGCCACUCUUCCUCAAGUGACACGACUUUCGUCGUCGCUCAUCAACACCACCAACACACCUCUCCUCAUCGUUAGCAAUGGCCCGAACCAAGCAAACCGCCCGCAAGUCCACUGGAGGCAAGGCCCCCCGUAAGCAACUCGCCUCCAAGUCCGCUGCCCGUAAGACCGCCACCACCGCCGCUGGUGGUGUCAAGAAGCCCCAUCGCUUCAGGCCCGGAACCGUCGCUCUCCGUGAAAUUCGUCGCUACCAAAAGUCGACUGAGCUCCUCAUCCGCAAGCUCCCCUUCCAACGUCUUGUUCGUGAAAUCGCGCAGGAUUUCAAGACUGACCUCCGCUUCCAAUCCUCUGCCGUCAUGGCUCUCCAAGAAGCCGCUGAGGCAUACCUCGUCUCCCUCUUCGAAGACACCAACUUGGCUGCCAUCCACGCUAAGCGUGUGACCAUCCAACCCAAGGACCUCGCCCUCGCCAGGCGGUUGCGCGGCGAGCGAUCAUAAACUCCCUCAAACAAAACAAAAUGCCCCUUCCACCACCAUGACUUUAAAUUCCCUCCGCCCCUCAUUCUUAGCACGUUGGCGAUCAAGUCGUCGACAAUUGGGGUCUUCGUGAUGAUGGCUGCAUGAUGUUUUUUGGGGACUGCGUUCGCAUCCUCUCCCGCUUCUCACUGUUUUUCGACUCGCGGUUUUCGUUUGGUUUCGUCUAUCAUUAUUCCCUCUGCAUUUGUAACAUUAUUCCUUGUACAUUGCAUCUUUGUACAGUCCCCUGCAAUACGCUUCGUAAUAUAAUCAGCAUAGAAAGCA